AUGCCUUUGAUUUUUUCGAUGGUUUGCACGUCUUGGAUGAACGCAGGAAAGAUGAAUUUGGAGAAACGUAUGGUGACUCUAAAAGGUUCAACAUGGAGCUCUGUUCGCGCAACUGUUGCUCCAGCGUUUAGUACAGCAAAAAUACGGCAGAUGAUUCCAACUCUCAACGAAUCGUCUCAAAUUUGUGUAAAAAUUCUGAAAGAUUAUGCAAAAAAAGGAGAAAAAGUACCAAUUAGAGAAACAAUGGUUCGAGUAAUGUUGGAUAUGACAUCAAAAGCUGCAUUUGGACGAGAUUUUAAUGUUCAACACGACGAGCAAUCGACGUUUAUCGAUUACGCGAAGAAAUAUGCGGAAUUCGAUUUUAGAUCACCAAGAAUCGUGGCGAUAACUCUUUUCCCAAAUCUCUGCUGGGUUUUUAAAAAGCUCACUGGCUACUCAAUCCUCAACAAUGAAACGAAUCGUUAUUUUGUUGAAAUCCUCGAUCAUUUGUAUGAAAAUCGAAUCGAUAACAAGGAGAAUUAUGAUUACAAAGACUUCUUUCAACUCAUGCUAUCUGCAAUGAAAGAAGAAGACAAAAAUCGAGAGAUCGAUCGAGAAAUUGAAUUUGAGAUUACGGGAAAAUCGGAAAAGUCAUCAAAGGGCAUCAAAAAGCAGCACAUAUUUGGACAAGCAUUUAUGUUCAUUUUGGCCGGCUUUGAGACAGGUCCAAUCAAUCUACAUUUAACUGUUUAUAUGCUAGCAAUGCACGAAGAGUGGCAGGAAAGAGUUCGAAAUGAGAUUGAGAGCGUUUUGAAUGGGAAAGAACCCGACUACGUGAGUUUAGCCGAAUUGCCACUCCUCGAGCAGUGCAUUCAUGAAACGCAACGUCUUUUCCCGGCUGUAGUCAGAUUAAACCGAAUGUGCACGAAACCGGUGGAAUUGAAUGGAAUCCUCAUGCCAAAAGGCUCUGUCUUCUCAAUUCCCGUCUACAACAUUCAUCACUCAGAAAAAUUCUAUGAAAAUCCGGAAGAGUUUAGACCGGAAAGAUGGUCACCAGAAGAGAAAGCGAAAAGAGAUCCGCUGACUUUUCUCCCGUUCGGUCAUGGACCAAGGAAUUGUAUUGGAAUGCGAGUCGGUCAAUUCCAAAUGAGAUCCGUUUUGGUGCAUCUUUUGCGCCAUUUUCGACUCACUAUCGCUGAUGGAUCUCCAAAGACUCUUCCUUUGGAAAUCGAUACUCGUGGCUCGUUCCGCACCGUUUCCCCACUUUAUAUCAAUGUUGAAACAAUU